GGCUUUACCACGUAACACACACACACACACAGCGGGCGGAGGAGAGAAAAACGGAACCGACAGCAUCAUCUCUAUCGGUGCAGUGACUCUGUUGUUUUCGGCUGGAUGUAAAUAAGCGUUGUGACGGACUGAAGUGACCCUCGGCCGACAGGACGGUUGAUUUUCUCGCCGGUAAAGCUGGAAGGAGGCGGCGGAGCGCAGAUAUGCACCCAGCAGGAUGGCUUCUAUGUAACUCACAUGAGAUGUAAUGAUGAAAUGGCGAUGAAGAUGAUGAUGGCCCAGGGCGAGAAAGACCCGAAACACACCAGCCGAGUAGUGCUGGUCAAGAGGAUCAUAAUGAAGCAUGACAAUCCGGUCCAGCAGGGAAUCGGCAAGCCCAGUGUGUAUCAUGCUGUUGUGGUCAUCUUUCUAGAGUUUUUCGCCUGGGGUCUCCUGACCACACCAAUGCUCACGGUUCUGCAUGAGACCUUCCCCACACACACCUUCUUAAUAAAUGGCCUGAUUCAGGGGGUGAAGGGUCUGCUGUCUUUUAUGAGCGCUCCGUUAAUUGGAGCUCUGUCAGACGUGUGGGGCAGACGCUCUUUUCUGCUGGUGACCGUCUUCUUCACUUGCGCUCCAAUACCUCUGAUGAGACUCAGUCCAUGGUGGUAUUUCGCCAUGAUAUCAGUGUCUGGUGCGUUUUCUGUCACCUUCUCUGUGAUCUUCGCUUACAUCGCAGAUGUGACAGACGAGCGGGAGAGGAGUACAGCCUACGGACUCGUUUCUGCGACGUUCGCAGCGAGUCUGGUCACCAGCCCGGCCAUCGGCGCAUAUCUGUCAGCCAGUUAUGGUGAUAAUCUGGUGGUGCUGGUGGCCACUCUCAUCGCCCUGGCCGACAUCUGCUUCAUCCUGCUGGCUGUCCCAGAGUCGCUGCCAGACAAGAUGAGGCUCAACACCUGGGGGGCUCCUAUCUCUUGGGAACAAGCUGAUCCCUUUGCAUCUUUGCGUAAAGUUGGCCAGGACACAACAGUUCUGCUCAUCUGCAUCACCGUAUUUCUGUCCUAUCUGCCCGAGGCGGGUCAAUACUCCAGCUUUUUCCUCUACUUGCGUCAGGUCAUUAACUUCUCGCCCAAAACGAUCGCGGUGUUCAUCGGCGUGGUGGGAAUCCUCUCCAUCCUGGCGCAGACACUUUUUCUCACUCUGCUAAUGAGGACCAUCGGGAACAAAAACACAGUUCUUUUGGGUCUGGGUUUCCAGAUUCUUCAACUGGCCUGGUACGGUUUGGGGUCCGAGCCGUGGAUGAUGUGGGCGGCCGGUGCGGUGGCGGCCAUGUCCAGCAUAACAUUCCCUGCAGUGAGUGCUUUAGUGUCACGCAGCGCAGAUCCAGAUAAACAAGGUCUGGUUCAGGGCAUGAUAACAGGUAUCCGGGGGCUCUGUAAUGGUCUCGGUCCUGCUUUGUACGGUUUCGUUUUCUUCCUCUUCAAUGUGGAGCUGAGUGGGAUCACCCCCAUCCAGCCCGACUUCGCCAUCCCGAUACAGACGCCCACAGAGAAGACUACAAUCCCCGGCCCUCCGUUUCUCCUGGGCGCCUGUACGGUAGUGGUGGCGUUUAUAGUGGCUCUCUUUAUACCCGACCACUCGACGCCCCCAUCGACACCCUGCCAAACCCGUAAAAACAGUCUGGCCGGAGCUCACACCAACACACCGCUGCCAGGGAGCGACGAAGAUUUCGAGCCGCUGCUGGAGGACAGCACUGUGUGACUGAAACCCUCAACCUAAAUCAUCACUGGGGGAAAAACAUGACAAGGAUGUCAACACAUCGCAAACCCUCCACAUGUCCGUGACUAACGCAUUGGGAGCGUACAGUAUUUAUUUACCGUGUUUUAUCUCAUCUAUGGUUCUGAACUCAGAGGCUUUUUUAUUGAGCGUUUUUUCAGUGACUCAGCACACUAAGGGCUCGAUCAGGGGGGGGGAUCGGAUGCACUGUAGUGGAGUUUGGUUCGUUUGAGUUUAAAUGCAAAGAUCUUCAUGUAUAUAUAUAUGUAUAUAUAUAUAUAUAUAUAUAUAUAUAUAUAUAUAUAUAUAUAUAUAUAUAUAUAUAUAUAUAUAUUGAGAGAGAGAGAUAUUUGGGCAAGGUUAUUUACGAAGCUUGUGGUGACUUGAAGAGAAGCUGGGUGAAUUUCAUAACUCUGAACUCUAUUUUGCUUAUAGAAAGUAAAGUCUGUUUUUAGACUUUAUUCGUGACGUUAUUUUUAUGACAACUGAGCACAUUUUCAGUCUCCAAAAAUAGGCUUGCUUUGCCAUUUUAAACACCUUUCUGACAGGUUUCAUGUAGGGCUGCAGGAUAUUGGGGAAAAUAUGCGAUAUUUGUUGUUGAGUGUUGCGAUUACGAUGUUUCUCAUGAUAUCACAAACUUUUAUCAGCAGUUUAAAAUUAAAUUAUGCUAUGUUCAUACUAAAACUAUCAGGUAAACAAUAUUUUUCUGAGCUAAUUAAAUAAAAGAAAUGAUGUCAACCAGUGCAAACACGAAUUACUGAAAACCUUGGCGGAAAUACGGAUUCUUAUUGGAUGUUGUCAUUGUACUCGCGUCCCAUUAAGCAUUAAGGUCUUUGCACACUGAAGUCUGAAAUUUGCGUUUUUUUUCGUGUUCAAAUCCGAACAAUUCCUUAUGCAUACAAAGCUUGCACACCGAGUCUGAUGUGUAUUAAUUAAUACGUUGAGAAGUAACUUGAAUCUCCAGGUUGGAGGAGAGUCCUUACCAAUGGUGGAGGAGUUCAAGACGGGCGACCCCGGAUUAAUAAAGGGACUAAGCCGAAAAGAAAUUGAAUGCAUGAAUGAAUAAUCGGGGUACUCGCGAAAUACCUUACUUCGUAUCCCUCAUCUAUCUCCGAGCUCAGGGUUCUCUCCCGGGACGCAUGCCAAACCUGCUAUUAUAGUCAAGGAUUAUCUAAGUGUGAACUCUUGAAACAAUACAAAAUACACCAAAACACCAACAAACUAGCAUACAGUAGACCACCGAACAUUUGUAUUUUAUUAUAUUUGUUUCUCCAAGUGCAUUUUGAAUCUUGACUUUCGCUUGUACAGCAGUCCUGAAUUGUCAAAAUACCUCAAAACGCAAAUUUCGGAUGGGGAAAACAUAAAAAAAAAUUAACCAGAUUAAACAUUUUUUUUAAUGACGAACAAAAGUUUCGGAGGCAGUUCCUCAAUACAAUUGAGGUCGAAUUUGUUUUUUUACGUGCGAAAAUUACAUACGAAAAUUUCAGAUUCAGUGUGCAAUAGUAUUUAUUUUUAUUUUCAACUCCACGUCCAAGUAUUGGAGAGGUGGGGAUAAAUAUCGUAAAGGCCCUAUCUGAUUGGUCAGAUUGAGAUAUUGUGAUAUCGCAUAUACUAUUAUCGCGAUAACGAUAAUUAUUUGAUAUAUCGUGCAGCCCUACUUUAAUGUGAUUCACCCAAAGAGAAGUUGUGAUUUCCGACAGUAUUUUUUUUAUACUGUAUUGAGUGUUGUUGAUUGAGUGAAGUUUCCUGACACAAGCCUUAAAGUCACAUGUCCUGUGGCAUACGACAAGGUUUUAUUAGAUUAGAGGCGCAUCCGGUUGCAAGUGCAUGAACAGUAUUUGUGGCGAUGUUAACCAAACCCAAGACACUACAGCACCAGCGGUUUGGUGUAGUUCUUUUAGGCCAGUUAGUAAUUAUUAUAUAUUUAUGGAGACGGCUUGAUUGUGAAGUUCUUCAAUUCUGUGUGUUUGCAAAGGUUCUAUGCAGUAGUGUCGGUAAUGAUUGAUAGAUCAAACUCAAAGUAAAAUGGGUCGCGAAUGCCGAUGUUUACGUUGAGAAUACAGUAUUACUUAAAAUAUAACAUUUGUACUUUUUUCUUUAAAGUAGUGAUGUGCAAUACCACUGGUUCCCUAUCACAUCUGAUACCAAGUAAAAUGUAUCGGCGAUACCGAUCCGAUACCGAUACUUUGCCCAAAAUUACUCUUUGGGAAAUUAAAGUAAUAAGUAGUGUUCUUAAAAGUGUAACUUUACAUUGAAUACGAGAUAUAUUACAGGUUGUUCUUGUUUGUUGAUGAAGAAUUAUCAUACAAAAAAAGAGCCAACUUACAUCAGCAUCUGAGCAUGUAUAUCUUACGCCUGCCUGAACAUCUUAAAAAAAAAAAACAUUCACACUUCUACGCUUAGUGACAUGUUUAUCCGGUUCCCCUGAGUGUUUUUAACCUUUUUUCGUUGUUUUAUCAUUGUCACAAAAAUCCCAAGCCCCCAAAAUUCAGCCGCAUUUUCUCCCUCUGUACCUGGAUAGUGCCUGCAUGCUGCACCUAAGGACUCUGAAAGCGAUGUCUGUCUCGCCCUAGCAGCAGCACCUGUGCCUCUCCUUUCCUCCUCAUCUGACCGCCUAGAUGUUGUCCUAUUCAGUCUUGUGAUUUAUAUGUAGAUGUUUGGUUUGUGGUAGUACAACAGUACCUCGCUUUUUUGUUACACAUGUCACAAACUGCAUGGUUUGAGUUUAUGGAAGUGAAGUAGCUCCACACGUACUUCGCUUCCGGUCACGCAUAUCUAGGCCCACACGGAAUCUGCGUGCGCAAAUAUUUAGCCCAAUAAUUGUUUAUUUACUUGAGUAAAUGUGUGUAAAUCUAUAUUUAUUCAGUUUAUAAAUUAAUUUUAGUAUUAUUAUUGACUCAUGUAAAAAUAUUCAUAUGGUUUAUUCAUAAUACAGUUUGUACCAUCUUGAAUCUAAUUGGAUUUGCAUUUUAAAUAUAAAAUAAAAGUUAAAAAGAUGUCAUUUUUUAUUUCACAUAUUAAAGUUCUAGUUAUGAUAUUCCCAAAAUAAUUACGCAGAUUUUUACCAAAAUUCUCCACAGAAAUAGCAAAAAAUGUCCGCAGAUUCCGUCUGGCCCUACCCAUAUCCAAUGACAGCGUGCCUGAACAACUUGUGCCAGCGGACUGAGUGGCUAGCUAGCGUGCUCUGCAGUUGUACAGUGCCAUAUUACGCACAUGAUUUCGCAGGCGGAAGAACAAGUAGUUCCGACUAAGAAGGCAUUAUUCAGAUAAACUAGGGUAAUUGUGGUUACUUUGCACUGUAUUUCUAUUUCCAAUAAACUACAUAUUUGCUCCAAAUUAUUGAAAUAUCGAUAUUUUGAUAAGAUAAUCGAUUCUAAGACAUACAAAGCUGGUAUCCGAGAUAUCAAUAUUUUAGUAUCCAUCCGCACAUCACUACUUUAAAGUGAAUCUUACCUUUCAGACGAUUGGCAUUGGCAUUUGUUGAGCAAUCGUGCUUAAUAUGAUGUAUGUGUUUCCUUUAAAUACAAUUAAGUGUUGAUUAAAAAUAAUCAGCCAACAUCUACAGACCAGCUACCUCAUUUUUUGGAGGUUUUAAGGAAUUCGACCUGAAUAUAUUUUUAUCAGCGUUUUGGUUUUUGUAUAGCGACACACUGCAUUUUCACUAUAUUGAAGAAUCUCAUUGUUUUGCUUACGAAUUCUCAUAUUUUCUCAUGCAGCGGACGUUUUAACCUGAUGAUUUGUUUUGCACAAACAUACAUAUGAAUUUCCCAGGGGCCUCAGUGUGUGUUUAAUGUGAAGAACACUGUGGAGCAUCUCAUUAGAGUCUGAGGUCAUCAUUACACUGACCUGCGCUCAUUUCCUGUUCCACAUACACAUCAUUCCUUCCUCAUCAUGAACAGAAUGUCAAUUUUCUUUUCCACCCUUAAUCUUCUCCCAUAUGUUUUGCAUCAUUCCAGUCAUAUUUAUCAUGCAGUGAAAUGACGUGAAUCUUUCUUUGUAGAGCUUAAAAGUCGCGGUGAUGUUUGUAUGACCGCGGACGGCGUUUAAUGAUGGCUGGGCUGUAGUUCCCGCGCUUUUGUUUUUUGGACAUACGAUGUUCACAGCUUGUGACGUUUUACUAUGUAACAUAACAGCAGUCAUAUUCAUCAUUUUAGGAUUGUAAAGUAUUGUACAUGUACUGAAUAGUAUUACAGACUAAUCUUUUUUCAUAAUGCCAGAUAUUUUUGGAACAGCGUGCUGCUACAGGUGACGUCAGGAGCUAAUCACGUGUUCGACUUUUCCUUUUUUCAACGUCAAGUGUCUGUGUGUUUUUCAACGGGACACACAAGGUGCCUGAAGAGUAAAUAACAUGUAUGUUUGUAGUAUUUCAAUCUGACUGUAAAUACUGAGUACACUGAUGAUGAAGAUGAAAUGUACAGGGACCCUUAAUUAUGUAUUUAUCGUCAUGUUUUGUGGGAAUCUGUUAAAUAGGCGCAACUGAAUAAAAACACUUCAGAGUUGU